AUGUCGACUUUCAUCAAAGUAUCCGAGAUAUUCGCCCAGGAGGGGGAAGCAACGAAGGAUGUAGAUCAGCCGCAGGCCUUGCCUAAAACACCCGCUAUAACCACUGGCAACCAGCGGGUGACUUUGGCCGAGGCCAUGGAGUCUAUGCACAUACGUCCAGCUAUUGAAGCUGAGCCUCUCAUUACGGUCGUCGACACUUCCACCGGUAUGGCGGAGCUAUUGGAAGCUCUGGACAAUCUACCAAGUGACCCUCCAUCGUUGUAUAUCGAUAUCGAAGGUGUCAACCUCUGUCGAAAUGGUUCAAUAUCAAUUAUGCAGAUAUUUGUCCUUCCACAAAAACGGAUAUACCUAGUUGAUAUCCACGUAUUGAAGGACGAAGCGUUCUCUCAGCAAGGGCCAUCUGGAACAACACUGCGGUCUAUCCUUGAAUCACCUUCCAUCCCGAAAGUCUUCUAUGAUGUCCGCAAUGAUUCUGACGCCCUUUUCGCCCAUUACCAAAUUUCACUAGAUGGUAUACAAGAUCUUCAGUUAAUGGAGCUUGCAUCGCGCAAGUUUUCCAAGAAAUAUGUCACUGGACUCGGGAAAUGCAUAGAAUAUGAUGCGCAGAUGAGCAGCGGAGAAAGAGCGAGUUGGAAACUUACAAAGGACACCGGACGAAAGUUAUUCGCGCCCGAACUCGGUGGCUCUUAUGAAGUAUUCAACACUCGUCCACUUCCAAACCAAAUUGUACAAUACUGCGCGCAAGAUGUCCAUUUGUUGCCUAAGCUGUGGCGGAAAUAUCAUCAGGCCAUGACUCCGGCAUGGGCAGAGAAGGUGGAGACAGAAGUGAAGAAUCGUAUUGAGCUUUCUCAAUCUGCGACAUAUAAGAGCAACGGGAGAGAAAAAGCCUUGGGACCAAAGCACUGGCAAUAG